AUGAUAUCUUGGGUUGCCAUCUACCAUGUUCUUGAAGCGACAGUACCACUGUAUGUAGCCAUGAUACUAGCCUACCUAUCCAUAAAAUGGUGGAAGUUGUUCACCCCAGAGCAGUGCUCUGGGAUCAACAAGUUCGUAGCCAAGUUCUCCAUCCCUCUUCUCUCUUUCCAGGUCAUCUCUACAAACAAUCCUUACGACAUGAACCUCAAGCUCAUAUUUGCAGACAUCCUACAGAAGUCGCUCGCCCUGCUGGGAUUCGCAGCCAUUUCCAGAGCAUGUUGCACCAAGAAGUUUGAUUGGCUGAUUACUGGUUUCUCUUUGUCGACACUGCCCAAUACAUUGAUUGUUGGUAUCCCCUUGCUGAAAGGAAUGUAUGGCGAUGAAGCUGUCAAGCUGAUAAGUCAAAUAGUUGUCCUACAGAGCCUAAUUUGGUACACACUUCUUCUCUUUCUGCUUGAAUUCCGGGCUGCUAAAGGAAUCGCUGCCACACCAUCAUCUGAAAUUUUAGCUGAGGAAGAACCGGGUACUAUAGGAACUACACAACAAACAUACCAAGAGGGCCAGUCGAAAGGUGUAACAGCAAGAUGUUCUAGGGCUUUUCGCUUUUUGUUGGUGGUUGGAAAGAAGCUAGUGAUGAAUCCAAACAUGCACGCAUGCCUGAUCGGUUUAAUUUGGGCACUAAUUAGCUUCAGGUGGCAAAUACAGUUACCCUUGAUCUUAAGCAACUCUGUAAGAAUACUCUCAGAUGGAGGGCUGGGAAUGGCAAUGUUCAGCCUAGGCCUUUUCACUGCUCUACAAACAAAAAUUAUAGCCUGCGGAACUAAGAAGAUGCUACUAUCACUUAGCAUCAGGUUCUUCCUAGGACCAGCCCUGAUGGUUAUCUCUUCCUAUGCCGUUGGGAUGCGUGGAAUCUUGCUCAAGGUGACCAUUGUGCAGGCAGCUCUACCUCAAGGAAUAGUGCCAUUUGUGUUUGCGAAGGAGUAUAAUGUGCACGCAGAUAUCCUAAGCACUGCGAUAAUUGUUGGAAUGAUGGUUGCAGUUCCUGCUGCGCUUGCUUACUACUUUGUUUUCGACCAGCCUAGAUUCUGA